AUGUUCUGCACUACUCUUCGUCGCCGCUCGUCCUUCGCAUCCGUCAUUCCCUCGCUGAUUGCGCCAUCUGGACUUGCAAUCAAGGAAUCACAGCUAGAGACCCAUGACAUCGCCUUACCACUGCCUGAUUUCCCAAAGAUCACCCACGAUCCGAAGCCAAAGCGAACGCUACGCCUACUCUUGCUGUCGCCAAACAACAUGUCAGAGACCAAAUUGCCAGGCACUUUCUCACGCAUCCAGCACUUUGUCUCUCUGACCGGUGGUCUCGAUGUCGCUAUUGUCAUGUCACUCUCGGCAUCCAAGCCAUUCUCAUCUGCAAGAGACCUCCUCAAUGCUACUCAGGCGGACGAAAUGGAUGGGAUACGCAGCUACGCACUUCUUCAAGCCGAGUUCAUGACGCGCUCGGAACUUUCGUGGAUACCAAUUCUCCCCCUGGCGAAACUGGACGGACUCGUCGGAAUUGUCAAGACCCACGCACAGUCGAUCAGCCGGCCCAGACCUAAGCCUUCGUCCGCGGUUCGGCCCUUGGAUAUGUUGGCGCACUGCACCCCUGACUUGCCAUUACCUUCUCUAGCCGUCGACUUGACCUCUGACAUCUUCACUUCUCUGGGCCACGUUGCUCAGGCUGCACUCGCUCACCGCGCUUUGUCCACACCCGAGUCAGAGGGUCUUUUCUCAUCCGAUGAUGUCCUGCAGAGUAGCAGGAGUGCGUUCGGUGUCCUGACAGGACAGGUGGACAAAGAUGUUAUAGAGAGCAUGAUAGAAUUCUGGGUCGAGGACUGGGCUAUCGAGUGA